UAUCACCAUAAACUUUCUUUAUACAAACCCUAAUUAUGGCAGACCCUGCUAAUGGUUACCUUCUUCAACCUCAUUCCAAUGACCACCACGACGCCACCAGUUCCCCACCUCCGCCAACCACCGCCAUCACAUCCUCUGGUGCACAUUCUCUCAACAAAAAAAGUAAAACCAUAGGAGGACUAGAUGACAAGAAGUUUAAAUUUAGAGGAGUUAGACAACGAAGCUGGGGCAAAUGGGUUGCCGAGAUCCGUGAGCCACGGAAGCGAACGCGCCGUUGGCUUGGCACAUUUUCAAACGCGCAAGAUGCGGCACGCGCCUACGACCGUGCCGCAAGUGUGCUCUACGGUACACGAGCUCAACUUAACCUUAAACAAACCAGUACCGCCGGAAGCAACACCGCGUCUACCUCGUCUUCACAAUCGUCUACUUCAACGUCUGCCCGUCGCGGAACAGGCGGUGGUACGUCAUCCACCACAUUAAAACCUCUUCGGCCAAUUCUCCCGCGGCCAGCUGGGUUUGGUUUCGGCUUCCCGAAUACUCAUCCAACCCCGGCCGUGCCCAGUUUCGGUAAUUACGUACCGUACGGAUUAAUCUACCCCAGUUAUAGCCCAAGCAUUGGCGCUAGCAAUUUAGUACAACAAUAUCCAAUGCAAAUUGUACAACAACAACGAGAGUACGUACCCUACUACAAGAGUGAGGGCCCCCCACUUUGUGGAACACCAUUAACCUCGUAUGAUCCUAACCCUAACCCUAACCCUAGAAGCAAUUUUGAAAACAAAAAAGGGCUGGAAACGAGGGAACAGUUUGAAGAUUAUUAUAAUAAUCAAGCGAGUGGUUACGAGAUGGAUGAUGAUGAGAUUAACGCAUUGGUGAGUUCAGUUGGAUCAAGUCUUUCUCUUGUAUCGAGUUCUUCGCCGUCGAUCGGGUUUGGAGAAUCUGGUUGGGAUCCAACAGGGGUCUACGAUCCCGCAUCGCCUACUUUUUGGUCGUGUAUCGACGAGUACCUGCCGCCUAGCAUUUGGGACUUUGAUGAUCCGUCGUUUGAUUUUUGA